ACUCGUCUGCACAGAGCGUGGAACCAGCGCAGGGCAGACGUACUGCAGUCCAAGUAAUGACACAAACAGCGCUGUGCUCCGUAACGGGGGCUAGGGGACAACUGAACGAGUGGGCUGCGGGUGCAGCACAUCUGCUUAAUGUCUUGAUUUCACCCAGGACCAGACAUAAUGGUAGAGCAACGACCCCGGUGCAUGCCUACAAGGAGAAAAUGAAGGAGCUGUCUCUGCUCUCCCUCAUCUGCUCCUGUUUCCACACCCAGCCCCAUCCCAAUACCAUCUACCAGUAUGGAGAUAUGGAGGUGAAGCAGCUGGAUAAGAGGGCAUCAGGCCAGAGCUUCGAAGUGAUCCUGAAGUCGCCUUCAGAUUUAUCUCCCGAGAGCCCCAUCCUUUCCUCCCCACCCAAGAAGAAGGAUCUGUCCCUGGAGGAGCUGCAGAGGAGGCUGGAGGCUGCAGAGGAGAGAAGGAAGACCCAGGAGGCACAGGUGCUGAAGCAGCUGGCGGAGAAGCGGGAACAUGAGCGGGAGGUGCUGCACAAGGCACUGGAGGAGAACAACAACUUCAGCCGCCUGGCCGAGGAGAAGCUCAACUACAAGAUGGAGCUGAGCAGGGAGAUCCGCGAAGCACAUCUUGCCGCCUUGAGGGAGCGGCUCCGUGAGAAGGAACUGCAUGCAGCUGAAGUUCGCAGGAACAAGGAACAGCGGGAGGAGAUCUCUGGAUAAAGGGCUUUUCUACACAUCUAGCACCUGAUUCCUGUUAACAAACCAACCAAUCGACCAACCACCACAUUUUAUUUUGUUUGUCUAGAUGCAACAUUCGGUUCUCCAUCCCCCCCUCCCCUGGUGUUCGUCCCCCAGCUACACGCUUCUCUAUCUCUGCAUCCUUAAUAGUCAGUACUUGUGGGGAUUCACAGAUCAUAGGGACCUCUAAGCAGAAUAGCAACUAGUUAACAUGAAAUAGAGAAUCAGUCAAUCGACCGGUCAAUCAAACAGCUUCUUUGGAGGGUUUUGUCCUUUUUUAAAAAAAUAUUUCUUAAACUGAUGUAAAAAAAAAUAAUUAAGAUAUUAAUAAAUUCAACCAGCAGUGUCACAGA